UUGUCUUGACAUUCAAAGCAAUUCGCUAUCCUACGUUGCACGAAUCUUCGAAAAUAUGGCGGCGUCGGUGUUGAAGGUUGCACUUACAGGUCUCUCAAAAUGUGUUCGUCACACUUGUUCUCCAAUGCUGAGGACAAUUUCAAACUCAACACCACUCUGCCAAGGUAUUCCAGGAUCUGUAUGGAAACUGGGAAGGCUAAAUCACAUCGCUAUAGCUGUGCCAGACAUGGAGAAAGCCACUGCUCUUUACAGAGAUGUACUGGGGGCUCAGGUCAGCGAUAAAGUUCCCCUUCCUGAGCAUGGAGUCUACACUGUCUUUGUGGAGCUGGGUAACACAAAGCUGGAACUGCUGCACCCACUCGGGGAGAAGAGCCCCAUUGCAGGCUUCCUACAGAAGAACAAAUCUGGUGGGAUGCACCAUAUCUGCAUUGAGGUUGAUGAUAUCAAUGCAGCGAUAGUGGAUCUGAAGGCUAGGAACAUUAGAACCCUGUCAGCUGAACCACGGAUAGGCGCUCAUGGGAAACCUGUCAUGUUCCUCCACCCAAAAGACUGAUGGUGUACUUGUGGAACUGGAGCAAGCUUGAAUACCCACAGGUCUCAAACUCUGUAGUUCACAAUUAGCCGGUUUGAAAAUUGAUUUAUUAUUGCGCUUUUUCCACCAGUAAUAAUGAUAGCAAAGGUAACAUUUUUUAUAUGUAUAAUAGCAGGGCAUUGAUCUAUGAAAUAUAAUAUAUACACUACUGGUCAAAAGUUUUAGAACACCUACUUAUUCAAGGGUUUAUCUUUAUACUAUUUUCUACAUUGUAGAAUAAUAGUGAGAAGACAUCAACUAUGAAAUAACACAUGGAAUCAUGUAGUAACAAAAAAAGUGUUAAACAAAUCAAAAUGUAUAUAAAAAUAGCCGCUCUUUGCCUUGAUGACAGCUUUGCACACUCUUGGCAUUAUCUCAACCAGCUUCACCUGGAAUGCUUUUCCAACCGUCUUGGAAGGGGUUACCACAUAUUGCUGAGCACUUGUUGGCUGCUUUUCCUUCACUCUGCUGUCCGACUCAUCCCAAACCAUCUCAAUUUGGUUGAGGUAGGGGAUUGUGGAGGCCAGGUCAUCUGAUGCAACACUCCAUCACUCUCCUUCUUGUUAAAUUAGCCCUUAUACAUCCUGGAGGUGUGUUGAGUCAUUGUCCUGUUGGAAAAACAAAUGAUACUCUCACUAAGCCCAAACCAGAUGUGAUGUUGUAUUGUUGCAGAAUGCUGUGGUAGCCAUGCUGGUUCAUUCUAAAUAAAUCACAGUGUCACCAGCAAAGCACUCCCACACUAUAACACCUCCUCCUCCAUGCUUUACUGUGGGAAAUACACAUGCAGAGAUCAUCCGUUCACCCACACCGCAUCUCACAAAGACAUGGCGGUUGGAACCAAAAAUCUCCAAUUUGGACUCGAGACCAAAGGACAAAUCUCCACCGGUCUAAUGGCCAUUGCUCGGGUUUUUUGGCCCAAGCAAGUCUAUUCUUCUUGGUGUCCUUUAGUAGUGGUUUCUUUGCAGCAAUUCGACCAUGAAGGCCUGAUUCACACAGACAUCUCAACAUCAACUGUUCAGAGGAGAGUCUGUUACUUCAACUCUGAAGCAUUUCUUUGAGCUGCAAUUUCUGAGGCUGGUAACUUUAAUGAACUUAUCCUCUGCAGCAGAGGUAACUCUGGGUCUUCCAUUCCUGUGGCGGUCCUCAUGAGAGCCAGUUUCAUCAUAUCGCUAGAUGGUUUUUGCGGCUGCACUUGGAACAAAUGUUCAAAGUUCUUGAAAUGUUCCGUAUUGACUGACCUUCAUGUCUUGACGUUUCUCUUUGCUUUUUUGAGCUGUUCUUGCAAUAAUAUGGACUUGGUCAUUUACCAAAUAAGGCUAUCUUCUGUAUACCCCCCACCAUGUCACAACACAACUGAUUGGUUCAAACGCUUUAAGAAGGAAAGAAAUUCCACAAAUGAACUUUUAUGAAGGCACACCCGUUAAUUGAAAUGCAUUUGAGUGCAUAAAAUAUAGUUGGAUUUGUUUAACACUUUUUGUAGUUACUACAUGAUUCCAUGUGUUAGUUCAUAGUUUUGAUGUCUUCAGUAUUAUUCUAUAAUGUAGAAAAUAGUCAAAAAUAAAGAAAAACCCUUGAAUGAGUAGGUGUUCUGAAACUUUUGACCGGUAGUGUAUUGGUUUGUUUUCCUUUAACAAUAAAAAAAGCUUUAUCUGCCUUAAAACUAAGUGUCUAUUUGCCUCUGCUGUGAAUAAAUUCUAUGAUCGACUCUAA